AACGGGAAGAUUACUGUUGCGCUGGUCUGAAAAUAGCAACACAUCACUCCAAACACAUCUUGCGCCUUACUGCGCCGGUGUAUGAGUAGGCCCCUAUGCCUUGAGAAUCUGAUUUUCUAGAAUCUGACAGUCAUUCUAGCUGCCAACGUAUUUCUGUGGUCGCUCAUACACUGCGUAUUAUGGUAGAGCGUUAAAAACUUAAUACUGUUCAUGUUUGAACGGUUCAUGUUCAAACUAAUGCAUGUUUUUUAUGAUAGAUCAGCGUCUCACUGACUGAUGAUAAAAUAUUAAAUAACGAAAAACAAGAAAUGAAUGCAAAUAAAUAAUCAGAAUUUCAAGAUUGCUUUAUCCGUAAUUACAAAAUAAAAGCCAUUAAAAUCUUAUGUCUUAAAUCUUAAAUCAGCUACACCUUAGAUUGUAGACAUUCUCACGGUGUCCACUAAACCUUUUUCAUGGACAUCUGAUGUGACAUUCUAAAACAAAAGCUCUUUAAACCUUUGAUUUGGCCUUGAUUUAAAAAAAAAAAAAAGAUUAAAAUAAAACUUAGAUAUUACAGGCCAGUUUUACCUCAGAUUGAUAGUGGGCAUUACCACGGUGUCAACUAAACUCUUCUCAUGGGUAUAUGUUACCCUCCUUAUUUAUGUUUCUUACUUUCUUUAUCAGUUCAUAUUUUCUGAGUGUAUCUCACAAAACCAGGAUAAAGGGAUUAAGAUGCAAAUUUCACGCUAUCCUGACUGAAAUAUAACAUUAGCCCUGACUCGGUCACAUGAAAGCAAGUUAAAAAUUAAGCUAAUGCUAAGCUAAAUUAAGUUACUACAUUCUAAAACGCUUAACGCAGUUAAAACAUUUUUAAGAAAAUAUAAAGUCAACCCGAAACACUUCAUAACAGGUGCACUACCAAAACAAACCACUUACUAUUUCUCCUGACUGAACACCCGCAAUUCCUCUGAACCUACAGACUUUCAGCUUUCUCAGAACCUGCUACAGGCAGCCAAUCAGCUUUCGCAGAUCAACGCGCAGGCAAACAUCCCGCCCACAGCGCUUAUUGUGAGGCGGAGAUCGGAGAGAGCAGAACUUUGCUGUUUGACGUUUAAUGUGCUUAUUUCCUCUUCUGUUACGGGUGUUGUUCGUCUGUUCAGAGAAUAUUCCCAUCAGGAUCAAGUGAAGAGUUUACUGAAGGACAGCGAGAACAUGAGUGAUCCAGAACCCUGCAGAAUUAAACCUGAAGAUACUGAACAACAAAUAGACCUUAUUGAAGAAAAUGAGGUGAGUAAAGAGGAGGAACAUCAUGUCAAAAUUGAGGAAAAAAAUAAUUUACAGACUUGCAGUAUUUUGAAAAAGAGAGACAAGAAACCAUUCACCUGCACUCAGUGUGGGAAGAGCUUCAGCCAAUCAUCAAUCCUUAAUAAACACAUGAAGAUCCACACUGGAGAGAAACCAUUCAGAUGCACCAAGUGUGGAAAGAGUUUCUGCCAGUCAUCACAACUUACUCAACACAUGAGGAUCCACACUGGAGAGAAACCAUUCACAUGCACUCAGUGUGGGAAGAGUUUCAGCCAAUCAUCACACCUUAAUAAACACAAGACAAUCCACGCUGGAGAGAAACCAUUCACAUGUAUUCAUUGUGGGAAGAGCUUCAGCCAAUCAUCAAACCUUAAUAGACACAUGAAGAUUCGCACUGGAGAGAAACCAUUCACCUGCACUCAGUGUGGGAAGAGCUUCUGCCAGUCAUCACAACUAACUCAACACAUGAGGAUCCACACUGGAGAGAAACCAUUGACAUGCACUCAGUGUGGGAAGAGCUACAGACAAAAAUCAACUCUUAAUAAACACAAGAAAAUUCACACUGGGGAGAAACCAUUCAGAUGCACUCAGUGUGGGAAGAGUUUCACCUUCUCAUCAAACUAUAAAAAGCACAUGAGGAUCCACACUGGAGAGAAACCGUUCACAUGUUCUCAGUGUGGGAAGAGCUUCAUCUUCUCGUCAAACCUUAAUCAACACAUGAGGAUCUACAAUGGAGAGAAACCGUUCACAUGCACUCACUGUGAGAAGAGCUUCAGCCGAUCUUCAAGUCUUAAACUACACAUGAAGAUCCACACUGAAGCUCAAGUGAAGAGUUUACUGAAGGACAGCGAGAACAUGAGUGAUCCAGAACCCUGCAGAAUUAAACCUGAAGAUACUGAACAACAAAUAGACCUAAUUGAAGAAAAUGUUGCGAGUAAAGAGGAGGAACAUCAUGUCAAAGUUGAGGAAAAAAAUCAUUUACAGACUUGCAGUAUUUUAAAAACGAGAGACAAGAAACCGUUGACAUGCGCUCAGUGUGGGAAGAGCUUCAGCCAAUCAUCAAUCCUCAAUAGACACAUGAAGAUCCACAAUGAAGAGAAACCAUUCACAUGCACUGAAUGUGGGAAGAGUUUCUACCAGUCAUCACAACUUACUCCACACAUGAGGAUCCACACCGGAGAGAAACCAUUCACAUGCACUCAGUGUGGGAAGAGUUUCAGACUAAUAUCAACCCUUAAUACACACAAGAAAAUCCACACUGGAGAGAAACCGUUCACAUGCACUCUGUGUGGGAAGAGUUUCAUCUUCUCAUCAAACUAUAAUAAACACAUGAGGAUUCACAGUGGAGAGAAACCGUUCACAUGUUCUCAGUGUGGGAAGAGUUUCAGCGUCUCCUCAUACCUCAAUCAACACAUGAGGAUCCACACUGGAGAGAAACCAUACACAUGCCCUCACUGUGGGCAGAGUUUCAGACAAAUAUCAACCCUUAAUCGACACAUGGAGAUCCACACUGGAGAGAAACCAUUCAGAUGCACUCAGUGUGGGAAGAGCUUCAUCUUCGAAUCAAACUAUAAUCAACACGUAAGGAUUCACAGUAGAUAGAAACCAUUCACGUGUUCUCAGUGUGGGAAGAGUUUCAGCGUGUUGUCAUACCUUACUCAACACAUGAAGAUCCACACUGGAAUGAAACCGUUCAGAUGCACUCAGUGUGGGAAGAGCUUCAGCAAAUCUUCACUUCUUAAACUACACAUGAAGGUCCACACUGGAGUAGGCAUGGAACGAUAACGGUUUUCAAGGUUUGGUGGAAAAUUCUUUUUAUUUACUCCGUUGUAGAGCUGCACAAUUCUGGCUAAAAUGAGAAUCGCGUUUUUUUUUUUUUUUUUUUUU